AUGAUCCCAACAAGUCUAGGCCUUUUUGGUGUUGUUGAUUAUCUCACUGUCGUGCAUCACAAUUGGCCGUUUGCGGAUCGUUGCUUCGCUUUCUUUCUUUCUUUUCUCAGUUGCUUAUCUUUUUUUUCUUUACAUCUCCUUUUCAUCAUGCCUCAGGACCGUGCAGCGCAGCUCGCGGAGCUGCGCAAGCAAUUCCCCUCCACGACGGUGGUGACGGAGUCGGCGCAAGAGACGGUGCUGAAGGUAGACCACGUCCUGCGCAUCAGCCCAACAACCGAGUACGCGCUGUCCCUCUUCGUCUCCCUCCCAUCCUCCUUCCCCAAGUCGGAGCCGAAAGCGACGAUGCCGUACUGCUGCCACAGUGUCCCGAUUACACCGCCCAAUAUCAACCCGUCUGAGGCGCAGGCCUACCAAUGGGAGAGCAACGCCUCUACCCUCGUCGAGGCAGUCCGCAACGCCUUCCAGAACGCCGCGGAUCGGUGGGGCACGGUGGAGCCGCCCAGCAUGCGCAGCGUCACACUGCAGCUGAGCGGCGAGACGGAUCGUCUCCUGAGCGACUUGGUCAGCAAUCCCAACUGCCUGGACGCGUACUGCUACCAGCUGCCCAUCGUGAAGCAGAUGCGCGAGGCGAGCAGCCAGACAAUCGGCGUGAUUGAGCGGGUGGCGAAUGAAAAUACGCUUCUGCGCAGCGAGGUGGAGACGCUGGAGAAGAAGGUGGAGGCGAUGCAGCACCAGCUGAGCGACCAGGUCUCGCAGCUGCAGCGACUGGGGCAGAACCCGCUGCUGACGUCCGUUUGCACGCCAGAGGCACUCAUCCGCACGCUGGAGAUGGACGUGCGUAAGAUGAAUGGCGACUGCAUGACAAUAGGAAAGAAAGCCCUUGACGCGUACAAGACGGACAAAGGCUCUUUCCAAGAUCUACUGGAGCAGUACAAGUCCCAGUCCAAGGCGAUGCACAUGCUAGACCUCAAGCGUAUCUCGUACCGUGCGCAGUGUGCGGCAAACUGA